AGUUUUUCAGGUAGUCACUCAUUAACCAGUGGGUAAGGUAAAAGAUGAUGAAUUUCACUGGGUCACCUACAAACCCUAAAACUGCACCUGCUUAGCUUUUCAUCAUUGUGGUCUUCUAAGUGCUGCUUUCAGGAAGAGUGGGUUCUGACAUGAGAGGAUCAGGUCUUCUUCUUGAGCUGACCACUCAGACACUGAUAAUGCAUCAUCUCUGACUCUCUCUGACUCUCUCUCUCUCUCUCUCUCUCUCUCUCUAUAUAUAUAUAUAUAUAUAUAUAUAUAUAUAUAUACCCUUGAUUUAUCCAAACAGACUCCACUUGCAAGCUGACAUAUACAAACACACACUUACUUCUCCAGGGAUGAUGAUGUUCUCUCAUUUGCGGCCCUCACUUCCUCACCUCUUGUCGCUGAGGCUGAUGGGUACUGCGGCAGCCAGGACGGUGGCUGCCAGGCAGUCGGACCUCCUCUCAGCGACUCUGGCCUUUGAGGAUCCCAGUGCCUUCAGGGUGAAGAGUUGGGGCGAGCUGCUCCGUGCUCUGGGCAUCUUCCGCCUCUGCUCCUUCCCUGUGCUGGUUAACAACUGUGGGAAGCUAAUGUCCAUAGCUCGCACUCUCCUGGGGAGGAGGGGGUUUUCCUUGUUGCUGCGGCCCACUGUGUAUGCACAGUUUGUGGCUGGAGAGAAUGAGAGGGAGAUCUCGCAGUCCAUGGAGAAGAUGAGCUUGCUGGGUCUGAGGCCCAUGCUGGCAGUACCGAUCGAGGAGGAUCUUGGAGAAAGCACUGGAGAGAAGAGAUAUGAUGACAACAUGGAGGCCAUGCUGGAAUGCGUGCGAAUGUCCCACAGCAACGCCUGGAGCAAAGACCCGAUGAUGCAGCUGAAGAUCACAGCCCUGCUCAGCCCAGAGCUGUGUGUGAAACUCACAACCAUCAUUGCACAACAGCCAUAUGACCUGAACCUCCUUGUGAAAGCCAUGGAUGGAGAGCCAAUCAGCUUCCCUGGUUUGGAUGAAAAUGAAGUUGCCCACCUCCUCUGUGGUCUGCAGAGACUCAACAAAAUAGCAGAGGCUAGUGUAAACAAAGUCAGAGUCCUGGUUGAUGCAGAGUACACCUACAUGAACCCUGCCCUGUCUCUUGUCACCAUGGCGAUGAUGAAGAAGUUUAACAAAGAUGGCGCCUGGAUUUGGAACACAUACCAGUGUUACCUGAAGGAGUCCAGGUCCCUCUUGUUAGAAGCUCUGCGUCUGUCCAAGAGCGAGGGUUUCUGUCUGGGGGUCAAGCUGGUGCGAGGAGCCUACAUGGACAAAGAGAGGAAGCUGGCAGAGAAAGAGGGUCGUCUGGACCCCAUCCACUGGUGUUGGGAGGACACAAAUGACAGUUACAAUGGCUCCCUGGAUGUGAUGCUGGAAGUCAUAUCCCAGAAACCUGAGUGCUACAGGAUCAUAAUCGCCACUCACAACGAGGAGUCAGUGAGAAAAGCUGCCAAACGGAUGGAAGAGCUGGGGAUAGACAAAGAUGGAGGCUCAGUGUGUUUCGGACAACUGCUGGGCAUGUGCGAUCACGUCUCCCUCACACUGGCUAAGGAGGGUUAUGCCGUGUACAAGUCGGUGCCGUAUGGCUCAGUGGACGACACACUCCCCUACCUGGUGCGUCGGGCUCAGGAGAACCGCACCGUGUUGCAGGGAAUCCGCAAAGAGAGGGAUUUACUGAGACAAGAGCUCAGCCGGAGACUCCGCCGGAGUCUGGGGGGAGGCACCUAAGAGGUCACCAGCACAAAGGGAAAACAGGAUGAGGCACUGGUGUCACAGAGUGUAAACUCUGCUGCUGAACACACUCAUGCUAAUGUUCCCAAUUAGGAAAUGUACAGAAUGAUGAAGCCACCUGGGAACAAAGUAAAAGUUCAAGUCCAUGUAAACUAGCACAUCUCUACCCAAGUUGCUCAUAUGAAAGCUGUAGCCCACUGUAAACUGAGCUGAAGUAAACGUAGAUCAAGCAUGAAACUUACAACAGGUAAUAGUUUUGAUCUAAAUAACAAUGUGAAACUGAACAAAGAUUUGAUGACGACUAAGUACAACCAUAUAUGCUUUAUGUUUGAUGGACAAGUUGUAAAGUGAUGCAUUUCAAAAACGUGUAAUUUCUGCUGUACAUUAAAAACUGUCAGUAUCUGUUUUACAAUAAUAAGCUAUUAAGACGUA